GGUAAAAAUCCCAAACAUACCUAAGGUUCAUUCUCUUGCUGGGACGACUGUAUAUAUGUUCUGACAAUAACAGUAGUUAUUUUAGUAUUCACUUGAGUUUAAUAAAAUACAAUGAAGUACAUAGAAAAAGAUUAUCAGCGCUUUCCUAUUUAUUUAUCUUGUGAGUAAUAAAAUUUACUUAUAGUGAAAAAUCAACCAGAUGAUAUUUUUUAAGGAAUAUCAUAAACAUACGUCAGAUUUUGACAUCCAGGAUUACGCGUUGUCAAGUGGAAUAAUUUAAAAAAUUCAUUUAUCAACAGGUUAGUUUCGUGAGUUACUAUGGCUCAAUCAUCGACAGCUAGUGGAACGUCAUCCCGGAGGCAUUUAAAAGACCAUGAUAUUGGUACGAAUUCUCGUUUACCUCAUUAUGGAGACAGUGAAUGGGAGACUAAAGAGGCGCUCCGAACGCGAGAAUUAGAAGAAGCAAGAGCGCGAGCAGCCCAAAUGGAGAAAACAAUGAGAUGGUGGUCAGACUGUACCGCAAAUUGGCGUGAAAAAUGGAGCAAAGUGCGUAACGAGCGCAACAAAGCUCGCGAAGAAGCCAAACUACUCCGUACAAAAUUAGAAAUAGCCGUGAAAGAUGCGAACAGUUACAAGCACGAGUCCCAAGAGCUGGAGCACCAGAAUGAGCGGUUGCGUAAAGAGAUGGAAAAACUCCACAUGGUCUUGCUGAAGCAUGCCGGACAGUUCGACCGGCAGAUAGUCAAUAUAAUCGAGUCAGACCCGCAACUGCGAAACUCACUCGGGAUCGACGAUUUAUUGGAGCUGUACAAUAAUGUCGACCGAUGUGACAAAACUUCCCCGAGCAACUGCCCAAAAAGUCCGCCCUGUCGUGACGAUUCUUGCCAAGAGUCUACUGACCGCGACAUUGAGGAGUAUGUUCUCCAGGGCGCAGUUCCAAAGCACGCUGUUGAGCUUUAUAAAGAGGGCUCGAUGAGCAGUUUGGAGCGUGAUAUUGCCAAGUUGAUGGAAGAUAAUACCAAAAUUAAUUCUGAAGACGGUGAUGAUCCUCUAAUGAUCAAUUUAGGGCUCCAGCAAGAUGAUCUGGAGAAAAAUAGCCAGAGCUUGGAGCAACUUCGAUUAGAAGUGAUGUCGCUUCGCAGCCGAUGCGACGAAUUGCAAAAGAGCCGAGCUGAUGUUUUAAAAGAGCUGAGCGAUUUAAAAGAACAGUACCAGAUAGAAUUGUUGGCAGCUCAGGCUGACUUGCUUGACGAAGCUGCCAACCGCGAGGGCAUGGACCAGCGACUGAAUGAAUUAAGAGGAGAACUAGAGAGACUCCAGGCGGAAAACGCUGCCGAGUGGGCGAAACGCGAGCGGCUGGAGACGGAAAAAAGCUCGCUAGAGCGGGAAAAUAAACAAUUAGUGAAUGAGCUUCGGGAAAUUCAGGACAGGGUUGACUCCAGAAGGUCUAGGAACAGUUCUUCGAUCGACGGAGACACUCGGCAACUCCAGCAAGAUUUGCUGGAUAUGAAGCAUGCGAAUGCUAAGCUCAAGAAAGCUCUCAAUGAGAAAACCACGGAGUUGACUCACGCGCUGAGAAGGUCCGAGCAGUAUGAGACGGAAGUAAAACGCGUUAGGUCUAGGGUUGAGGAACUUAAGAGGGAGCUCGCUGCUGCUCAGGAUGAGGUUGAUGCUGCUACGAAUACUGUGAGGAAACUGCAGAGGAAUAAUGAGAAUUUAAUUGAGCAAUUGGAGUCUGCUAAUGUUCAGAUUGAGCAUUUUAAAAAUAGUACGGAAUCUUGCGCGCCUGAUGUUGUUAAGGAAAUUAGUGAUGAGGCGAGGGAUGAUUAAUGUGAGUUAGAGGCUGAUUUUUGUCAGCGGAGUAGGGAGUAGGUGGUUUGAAUAGAUUUUAUUG